GUCUCCUUGAGCAUGGGCGGAACUGGUCGGCCAUUGCCAGGAUGGUGGGCUCCAAGACUGUGUCGCAGUGCAAAAACUUCUACUUCAACUACAAGAAAAGGCAGAACCUGGACGAGAUCCUACAGCAGCACAAACUGAAAAUGGAGAAAGAAAGGAACGCCAAGAGGAAGAAGAAAAAAGGCGCCGCUGUUCAAAACGAAGAAGCCGCUUUCCCUCCCGCAGCUGAGGACGAGGAGAUGGAGGUGUCGGGGACGAGCGGCAAUGAGGAGGAGAUGGCUGAGGAGGCAGAAGCUGCAGUAAAUAACAGCUCCGAUACUGAGAGCAUUCCCUCGCCAAGGCCCGAAGCCAAAGAAGGAGGCGAAAACGGGGCCAAGGCACCACCCGGGCCAGGAGGUGACUCCGGCACAGAACCAACAGUCAAGUUGGAAGAGGCUCCAACACCCCCCGACGCUCCCACCGCUCCCCCCACCAACCCCGCUCCUGCCGCCAGCCCUCCGCCGGAGGCAGCUCCCGAGCCGCCCAGCAGUGAGGAGAAGGUGCAGGAGGACCUGGUGGGGGCCGUGGGGAAAACGGAGGAGACGGAGGAGAAGGUGAGCGAAGAGCCCUGUAAGAGUGAGGUGAAGAAGGAGGAGAGCGAAGACAGCCAGGAGAAGGACAAGGGGAAUGACAAGAAGGCAGAAAGUGUCGCCAGUGGUGGAGGGACAGCAGGGACGGAGGGGACGCCCAAGGCUGAGAAGAAGGAGAGCCAUAAAGGCAGUAAAGGCCCCGGGGUGAACCCCGACAGCGACUCCAGCGCGACCUGCAGCGCAGACGAGAUGGACGAGCAGGAUGCUGUGGACAAGAGCAGGUUGCUGUCCCCCCGACCCAGCCUGCUCAACACCACCGGUGACACCAGGCUGAACUCCUCGCCGCAGAAGCCGCUGGACCUGAAGCAGCUGAAGCAACGUGCUGCUGCCAUCCCUCCCAUCAUUUCUGAAGGCUUCUCGGAGGGGAUAUUGCAGAGUGGAAGCGUGAAGCCUCAGGUGCCUCCUCAUGCCUUGGCCCUCUACCAACAGCAGAUCACGAAAGCCCACGAGUCUGCCCGUGAGGACGUGCCCCCCAGCAAGCUGUCACAGUCCCAGCAGCAGCCGGCUGAGAAGGAGCAGCAGCAGCCCAGCAGCAGUCCCAGGGGGAAGAGCAGGAGCCCCGCUGUUGGUGACAAGGAAGAAAAGUCCGGGCAUUUCUCAGCCAUCGUGGAGGCUCAGAAGCUGAGCGCAGAGCCGACAGCCGCCUCGUGCUGGCCUCCUGUCCUGUCCUACUCCCGAGAUGUGAUAAAAACCUCUCCCCAGGCGGAGCCCCACUUGUUCCAGUAUAACCCACCAGGACACCCCAUCCCGCUAAACCUGCAUGAGAGCUCUCGCUCAGGGCUGCAGAGGCUAGCUGGCAUCUCCAACCCUCCUCCCCUCAUCUCCUCCACCAAGCACCCCUCUGUGCUGGAGAGACCCAUCGGAUCCAUUUCCCAGGGCGUGCCCAUCCAGCUCCACACACCCUACAGCUCCGAGCAUGCCAAGGUCCCCGUUGGCUCCAUCACCAUGGGCCUGCCACUGACCAUGGAUCCCAAGAAACUGGUGCCUUUUCCUGGAGUAAAGCAGGAACAACUUUCUCCUCGAAGCCAGGCCAGCCAGCCAGAAAGUCUGGUUCUGCAGCCGCCCCAGGAGGGCUCCAUCCUGCGGGGUACUUCCCUCAGCUCUGCCUCAGGAGGGAGCAUCACCAAGGGAACACCCACCUCCAGACCCCCUCCGGAGUCACCCAUCACCUACCGAGGAUCCAUCACACACGGCACCCCGGCAGAAGUGCUGUACAAAGGAACCAUUACCAGGAUAAUCGGAGAAGACAGCCCCAGCAGAGCGGAGAAGGCGAGAGAGGAUGCCAUGCCCAAAGGACAUGUCAUCUACGAAGGGAAGAAAGGCCACGUGCUGUCCUACGAGGGUGGAGUUGCUGCUUCUCAGUGUCCCAAAGAAGACAGCAGGAGCUCAGGAGCUUCACAUGAGACCACAGGAACCAAGCGGACCUAUGAUAUGAUGGAAGGGAGGAUCAGCCGGGGCUUGUCAGCCCGUGAUACCUUAUCUGCCAGCAUUGAAGGUCUCAUGGGCCGAGCAAUCCCUCCGGACCGACACAGUCCCCAUAACCUAAAGGAGCAGCAUCACAUGCGGGGCUCAAUUACACAAGGAAUACCUCGGUCCUACGUGGAGGCCCAUGAGGACUACCUCAGAAGAGAAGCCAAACAGCUCAAGAGGGAAAACACUCCACCGAGGGACUUAUCUGAUGCCUACAAGGUCAGGUCUCACGAGGGUCUUACUCCCCUGAAAAUGAAACCAGCCCACGAAGGCCUGGUGGCCACGGUGAAAGAAGCAGGAAGAUCAAUCCAUGAGAUUCCCCGGGAGGAGCUGAGGCGGACACCAGACAUCUCUCUGACGAGGCCUCUGAAGGAAGGCUCCAUCACGCAGGGUACCCCACUGAAGUACGACAGCAGCUCUUCCUCCUCGAGUACCAAAAAGCACGAUGUACGGUCCAUCAUCGGCAGUCCCGGCAGGACUUUUCACUCUGUGCACUCACUGGACGUCAUCCAAGACCCAAGGAGUCUGGAAAGAGCUUACGAAGAGAGCCUGAAAAACAGGCCAAGCCCAGUGACAAACUCGGGUGGCUCUAUUGCCAGAGGGGCUCCCGUGAUUGUACCGGAGCCGGGCAAGCCCCACCAAAGUGCCCUCGCCUACGAGGACCACCAAGCAGGGCACAGCACGGCGUUCAGCAGCCACUUGCACAGAGGGUCUCCGGUCUCCACGCGGGAGUCCACGCCGCGGCAGCACGAAGGGAGCAUCACUGCCGGGAAGCCGGUGUCCCAGGACAGAAAAAUCACCCCCACAUCGAGAGAGCUCACCAACUCCAAGUCUCCACAUGCCCCUGUGGCCGCCCACCACCACCCUAUCUCCCCAUACGAGCAUCUGCUGCGUGGUGUGAGUGGGGUGGACCUGUACCGAGGACACAUCCCAUUGGCUUUUGACCCUGCUGCCAUCCCGAGGGGAAUCCAACUGGAAGCAGCUGCUGCUUACUACUUGCCAAGGCAUCUGGCUCCGAGCCCCACGUACCCCCACCUCUACCCCCCGUACCUCAUCCGGGGCUACCCGGACACGGCUGCCAUGGAGAACCGACAGACCAUCAUCAACGACUACAUCACGUCCCAGCAGAUGCACCACAACGCCGCAGCCACGGCCAGCGACAUGCUGCGUGGCUUGUCACCUCGGGAGCCCUCCCUCGCCCUCAACUAUGCAGCAGGAAUCAUCGACCUGUCCCAAGUGCCACACCUGCCCGUCCUCGUGCCCCCCACCCCUGGCACCUCUGCCACCACCAUGGACCGCCUCACGUACAUCCCCGGGCCCCCCCAGACCUUCGGCAGCCGGCACAGCAGCUCCCCGCUCUCCCCAGGAGGCCCCACACAUAUGACCAAACAGUCAGGAUCAUCGGUGUCCGAGCGGGAACGGGAGCGGGAACGAGAGAGAGAGCGGGAAAAAUCCAUCCUAGCGUCCACCACGGUGGAGCAUGCUCCCAUCUGGAGACCAGGUACAGAGCAGUCCAGCAGCCGUUCAUCCUCGCACUCUCACAGCCACCAGCACUCUCCCGUCUCGCCCCGCACCCAUGAGACCAUCCAGCAGCGCCCCAGCGUGCUCCACAACACGAGCAUGAAGAUCAUCUCCUCGGAGACCCCCACCCCUUCCGUCCUGCGGUCCUCCUCCACCACUACCACGUCUCCAAUCCGCUCCACCGCCUUCCCCUCGGCCUCCACCCUGCGUUCCUCCAUCAGCGCAGCAGAUGGCUACGCAGCCCUGAUGGACCCAGUUGUCCUGCAGAAAGAGGCCUCGAGGACACGGGAAGCCAAGGCAGAACGACCCCAGACUGACAACAAUGUCUUCACCUCAAAGCUGCCCAGUGGGGCCAACCUUGAACAGUCACCUUCACCCAUUAAAGCCAUGGAGUCAAGACCUUUACCCGCUUCUGGACCUGGUUCUUCUCAUCACUAUAGCAGAGGACAGGGGAAGAGCCAGCAGCACCAUCACCCUCUGGACCAGCAGCACGCAGCCUCGGGCCCCGAGCAGCACAGUAGAGAAAAGAGUCAAAGUAAAACCUUUUCAAUGCAGGAACAGGAGCUCCGAGCACUCGGUAAGACCACCACGACAGCGGCCAACUUCAUAGAUGUGAUUAUCAUGCGCCAAAUGUCUUGCGAUAAGGGGCAGCGAGAAAGAGCCUCGCUAAGUAACGACUCCGCUAGCGAUGGUUUUCACGGAGGCUACAGCCCCGAGCGGAUGGAAGCAGUGAGUCCCGUGAGCUCGCCCAGCCUGUCCCAUGACAAAGGGGCCAAGCUGCUGCAGGAUGCAGAGAAGGGGCAUGGGGAGCAUGACCUGAGGCAGAAGCAGCAAGGCUCGCUUAAGGCCUCGGCUCCCGAAGCAGCCCACCUGCAGCACCUCCGGCAGCCCGAUGGCCCCCAGUGCCAGCCCCUGCAGCCCAGCCAGAGCGUCAAGGGCAUGAACCAGCGAGUGGUCACACUGGCCCAGCACAUCAGUGAGGUCAUCACGCAGGACUACACACGCCAUCACCCACAGCAGCUCAACUCCCACAUCCAGACCCCGGUGUACUCCUUCCCCGGGGCCACAUGCCCCGUGCUGGACCUGCGCCGUACCCCCAGCGAGGCGUAUCUGCAGCAGCAGGAGCACGCAGCGGCCUCCAGGAUCUCCCCACAGAACGAAGGCGGCAAAAGGUCCCCAGAGCAGAGCAAAGCCUCGGCCGGGAGCGGGGCGGACAACUGUAUCGAGCCGGUCUCUCCACCAGACGGCGUGGGGGAAGCAGAGCACGCCAAGACCGCCACGUACCCGAUCCUGUACCGCGAGGGCGAGCAGAUAGACCAGAGGAUGGGGUCCAAGUCCCCAGGAAACAACACUCAGCCUCCAGCUUUCUUCAGCAAGCUGACUGAGAGCAACUCUGCCAUGGUGAAGUCCAAGAAACAGGAGAUCAUCAAGAAACUCAGCACGACCAACAAAAAUGAAACGGAGUACAAUGUUGGGCAGCCUGGGACAGAGAUUUUCAAUAUGCCGGCGAUUACCGGAGCAGGGCUAAUCAGUUGUAGGAGCCAGUCGGUCCAAGAGAAUUCCAGUACCAACAUGGGGUUGGAGGCAAUAAUUAGGAAAGCCCUAAUGGGUAAAUAUGACGAGCAGUGGGAAGAGCGCUCACCUCUCAGUGCCAAUGCUUUUAACUCUCUGAAUGCCAGUGCAAGCCUGCCCGCUGCUAUGCCCAUAACUCCUGCUGAUGGACGAAACGAGGACGUGCGCUCCUUGCCAG